AUGGAACGCUCGCUCCUAGAAACCCUUCAGUCCCAACCCUCCUGGGUUCUCGUCUGCUUGUCCCUGGGUACACUCUCAACGUUUAGAUUUUUCAUAUCCAUCCUCCAAUUGGUUUACAUCUUCCUCCUCUCAUCGAAGAAUCUCAUCGACUACGGACAGUGGGCGAUUGUCACCGGUCCAACCGAUGGGAUUGGCAAGGCCAUGGCGUUUGAGCUGGCCCGGAGAGGUCUCAAUCUCGUCCUCGUCGGCCGGAAUCCCGACAAGCUCAGCCGAGCCUCAAGCGAAAUGAAGGCCGAAGUACCCGGCGUGGAGUUGAAGACUGUCGUCAUUGACUUGUCCGGCGACCUCAGUGAGGGGAUAAGAAAUCUGAAAGACGUUAUCAAGGAGAUCGACGUGGGGAUUCUGGUGAACAACGCAGGGCUUUCACAGAAAAAGCCGAUGUUUUUCCACGAGAUUGAUGAGGAGAUGUGGGGGAAAAUCGUGAGAGUGAAUCUGGUCGCGCCGACGGUCGUCACCGCGGCGGUAUUGCCGAGUAUGCUUCAGCGAAGGAGAGGUGCCAUCAUCAACAUUGGCUCCGGAUCGACAGUGAUUCCGUCGUUCCCGCUCUAUGCUGUAUAUACCGGGACCAAGGGGUAAGCUCUCUCCUCCAUCUUCGGUUUGUAUAUGAACCUGGUGAGCUCCAGCUUACGAGGUCUAACCCGAGCUUUGGCAAGCCCAGUCUAGUCCAAGCUAAACUUUAGUUCGUAAUUUGUUGAAUAAUUUUAGCUUGUACUGUGCUUAGUUUCCUGCAGGAGAGAUACUACUACUAUAUAAAUAUAAUGGGGAACACCUAGACCCCGCCAUUACUGUCCUCUUCGGGACCCUUCACCUGGACACGGACCAUGUUGUUUACUUUCCUAUUUCCCUCCCAUUACAUAUGUGGCAGCCGGCCCUACAUCAUGAUAAUUACUCGUCCGUCUUGGUUCACGUCUUAAUCCAUGGAUUGGGAUUUUCGGCUUCUCUUCUUAAGUCUUUAAUUUCUGGUCCCAAGGCUUAUAUUUUAUUUAACAGAGGUUAGGUUUAUCUCUUAACGCAACAUACAUCUUUUGACUUCUUUUCCAAUAUGUCUUCGCUCAUUCUUCUGGUUUUGUUUCUCCCUUUGUUAUUUUGACUCAUCCAAAGCUGCGGAGUCAUGCUUGUAGUUCUUUCACUUUCACAAGGGAUAUUAUUAACCGUUUUAUCGCGAAACCUGUGAUUCUUUUAUUUGUUUGAAAGAAUGUGAAAAGAAUCAUGUGUUUCCUAUGACAAAGGGAUCUCAGCCGUAUUUCUUCACAGAUCAGAUAUCGGUUUUCCCUGUCUUUGGUACAGUAUCUGUUAGGGUACAUUAUUAAAAGAUUGGGCAACGAAAUAAUAGUAGAAAGAAUAAUCUUCUCAGUCAUUCUCUGUAGAUAUUUCGCUAAUAAUUUAUUUUCUUUUUUCAACACGAAUUUCUGAUUCGGUUGAAACAUUUGCACUUCAAAGCUACUGGUAAAACCAUCCCUAAAUUUUACUUUACUAUGUAUUUGAAAUAAUAUUAUUCAGGCAAAAAAAAUACCUGUAAAGAAUGUCCUCAGUUGAAAAGUCAAGAUGCGCACAAUACUUUGAAAGGCUAAUGAAACUUGAGGAAUGCAUAAAAUAGAAAAAAAUUGGCCUAGUAGAAGCCUGCUAGAAUAACUUAUAACCAUUAUUUUCUUAGUUCUAUUUUAUAUUUUUUUGGGAUAAUCUAGUGCUUGGAAUUCUUUGACAUUUAUCAGGUACAUUAGUAGUCUUUCUAAGAGUUUGCACGCCGAGUACAAGCAGAGUGGGAUCCACGCCCAAUGCCAGGUUAGCAUAAUGUUGUACCCUUAUUCCUCAAGACUAAAUAUAAAUCAAUGGAUCACUUGCAGUACAACCUGCAUGUUACUACAUUCCUCUAUUUCGUCAGUAAGAUUGAUGCUUGCGAGGGGAGAUUAUUUUGAUAAUGUACGUACAGUGACAUCCGCAGGGCUGGCUAGUGGGUGUGACAUUAUCUAGCUUGAGCCCCGAUGACUUUUAAAAGGCCUAGGGCUCUGUCGUUAAAGCAUGCGAAAAACAGUAGUUCUAGGACACAGAUCAUUUGAAGCCUUGAAUCGGGGAAAAUAAGUCAGACCUGAUCGUCGUUUGUACACAUGGUACAUGGACAUUACUGAUGCACUCACAAAGAGAGAGAGAGAGAGAGAGAGAGAGAGAGAGAGAGAGAGAGAGAGGGAGAAUUGGGGGUUGGGGCAUGUCUGAAGAUGGUUCCUACCAAACUCCCACGCCGGUAUUGAGUGGUCUGUGCCUACUGUCUGGGAAUCUAGUUAAAGUAGGCCUUCUACAGGAGUAUUUCACCAGUAGAUUGAUAAUAUACCCUAGAGGCGAACACAGUUAAUUCUUUCAUUCAGACGGUCCUUUAUGACAUUUAACAAUCCAAUUGACUAAAACGUGGCAUUGGGUAGGCAAGGAGAAUGCGGUCUAACUAAAGCCAUGGAUUCUAGUAAAUUUUUGCACUUAAAAUCAUUCGAACUAUUGAUUUGGUUUUAUUGUAAUAAUGGAUGUUAAUUUGCCGAUCAUCUGAAGUCAAGCCUAUUUGAGAAGGUUUCCGCUAGAUUAUUAUGCAGACGGGACUAAGCUUCAUACAGCCGAAAAGUUUGAGCUUUUAUGACCAUAAUAGCGCGGCUAUUUAGUGAAAGUCAGUUUGGAAGCGUAUCUAACGUUGUAUGCAUAAAAAAAUUGAAAAUUGUAUGCAUGUAUCCGUGAUUGAAAACAUCCAAGCACGAUCUGGCGUUGGAUUCUGUUGUAAAUUUCUUUUUUUUUCUUGCAGAUUCCGUUCUAUGUAGUCACAAAUAUAACGCCAACAUUGAGGCCAUCCUUCUUCAUUGCCACUCCAUCACAAUAUGCGUGUUCGGCGAUACGGUGCAUUCGUUAUGGGCCAGAAUGUAUACCUUACUGGUCUCAUUUUAUCCUAUAUUAUCUAGUUCAGCUAUCGCCAGCUGAUUGUAUUGUUAAUAGAGUGCUGUUAAGGUCUGCUCUUCAAAAAAGAAUGAGCAAUAUCUAUGGCAAAAAAGUAGAGUCUUUAUCUUAA